AUGAGUGGCGAAACGUUAUUCGAAGCACCAAGAAAAUAUAAUGUGUCACAAAUACGAGUGCAUGACUAUUUAUACGAUUCCGCGUAUAUCGUGUCUGGAGCCCGCGAUUAUGCAAGAACGGCGUUUAAAGCCGCCAUGGCGUCUGCGCAAGUGGUCAUCCAGCCAGUUUAUAAGACCAUGUUCUCUGAGCUACGCAAAUUUCCAAGAAUGAGAGUUGUGUAUCAUCCAAACUGCAGGCUCCCUCAGCACGUGGACCGGUCGUAUGGCGCAUAUCUUCGUAAAGUGAGCGAAGCCAGAAAUGUGCCCACACCACAUCUGACCGGAAAGGAUAGGUUCAAGUUUGGUGCUGUCCCAAAGAAGCUGCUUGCUGUACCAUGUGCAACACCGGAUUUUCAUCCACCUACUCCUGCGUGCACAGUGGGACCAACGAGGCCAAGGAACAGGGGGACUCAGAGUUUGUUUAGGGAGUCGUCAGCUCAAACGAUACCGUGGCAACCGGAAGCGAGACCGGCGGAAACAUGCCAGGAAACACCGGAAGUUGUCUAUCUUGACAACUUACAAUGGGGCCCGGGAAAACCGUACCGAGUUGGUGAUUUGCCCGCCGACUUCCAUACCACGGAGAUUAUAAACAAAAUGCGUCACGCCCGUAAAUGGACCCAGUUGAUUGAGAAAGGUCAGUUCCCGAGAUGGAUGAAACGCCAGGAUGCCAUCAUCACAGACAUCGAAACUAAGGAUUGGAUAUUCAGAGAGGCCGAAAUAGACGAACUGCAAGACAUCCGGCUGUCUCUUUUACACAAGCAGCAAAGUGAGAAACGAGAGAAGCAGACAACGCGUGUUGGUAAGAAGCUGUCGAAAUUAUGGGCGUGUAAGAAAGCGGAUAUGGAGAGGAAGAUUGAUCAUAUUCGCUUGACCAGAGAUAGAGAAAUGCGCAAACUCAAAGCUCUUCAUAGUAUGGGCGGUCGGGUAGGUUUAGUCGAAGCAAAACGUGCAGCUCGGGGUGGAGGAGACCCAGUGGCAGCCGCUGUAGAUCCUACUUCAGAUUUGCGAGCACCCCGCGCCAGACACGGGUACCAGGCCAAGAGGAGGCACGCGGAAAUUGUCUAUGAUCCAGGUCUAUUGUCAUUAGAAGACCACCUUGUCGUUGCUGCUCCGCCAGCCUGGCUGGAGCAGUGUGGCCAAAACUUAGGUAGGACAUGUUCUGGGCAUCACCUGCCAAGAAACACGACCCAGCUCUGCGAAAGGGAGACUAAGUGGAGCGAAGAGUUCCUUGAAAGCCUUCAUAAUGAGUUAAAGAAGGCUCGCCUCGGUGCUGUAUCUCACACUGCGGGUCCUCUGCGUGUGUUGAAACCACGACGGGUUGUGGUAACCCCACGACCUCCCACUCCCGAAGUGGAGGAAGUGCCUGACGAUGACGAGACAUCUCACCAAGCAGCCCUGACGCUGCAGAAGAUUAUAAGGGGACGAGCCGUGCAGAAUUUGAUGUACGAAGGCCGUACCAGGGCAGCAGAACUUACAGAGGAAUUGAAAACAACGCACGGUCUACAAAAAGAAGAUCGCGCAAGAAUUGCUAGAGAGGAAACAAAAGCCAGGGAUCAUGACGCUUUGAGAACAGAGGCUGAAGCUAAGGAAGAUGCAGUUACAGCAUUAGUAGAAGAGUUGUGUGGUGGGGCUGUAUCAGCAGCCUUGGACUUCCUAGAAAAGGAGUUGAGACGGCUGAAGGAAGAGAGAAGACAUCAUGCCUUUAUACUUAUCGCAUUACGCGAAAAGUCAAUGCGCGAGGCAGCAGAAGCUGGCCGAAGGCAGAAGGAGGAACAGAGGAGAAGAGAGCACGAUGAAAUGUUCAAACAGAUACUUGGAGUUACACAAGAGACGGUAGACGUCUAUCUCCAAGAGAUAUUGCAGCAGGGCGUGGAAUUGGCAGCAGAAGAGGAGGCUUUGAAGAAAGUGAAAUCUGAUGCUGAUAAAGUCGAUUUGAGUUUGAAGGAACAUGCUUCAAUGUCAACGGCGGAACAGAACGAGUUGGUUGCUGAUUUGGUACAGCAAUUCCUUCUGCCCGAGAUCCAUAAAUCAGCCAGUCGGAUGCAGAUAGCCGCGGUGCAGAAUUCGAGGAUGGAUGCCGCUAGGCACAGCAUCUUUGGAAUGCUGGAUGAGGCUGAAGAUAGAAGAGAACUAUGUACCCAAUGUGGAGAGCCGCUUGGUGAUGUUUGUCGAUGUCAUGUCUGCCCGAUCAAAAAAGAGCCUGUUGAGACUACUGCAAGGAAAGACCGCAGGUGGAGGUAUACUAGAAGCCGUGAUCAAGAAGUUAAGACACGCGAUGAACGCUACACUCCUGCGCAUGACAUUCGCUGUUGGCUCAACGAAUUACUAUUUGAUGUAAUGGCAAGAUCGCGUGAACAUCGCGAAGAAGUGGCAAAUGUUACUUGGGAUGUGAACCAGCUGUUACGUGAGAAGGUGGAGAUUGACUUGGAGUCACGGGAGAUUAUUGAUGAAUGUAUAGCUGUGGCGACUGGAACACUUCAAAAACCAGUCAAAGUGUCUGAUUAUCGACAUUAUAUGAAGGUGAUUGUUGGGGAAGCCCUGGACAGGAGCGAGCCAUUUAAACCCAAAGACCUAUGUUCCAAGGAGCUGCCAUCAGAGAUCCGUCGUAAAGCUGAGGAGGAACGGGCGUUAGCUGAUCCAUCUUGCAAGUGUUAUGAUGAAGUGCCCACCACAUCAGUGCAAUUUGCAGAUGUACCCGAAGAGGAAUCGAACCUGCUGCCAUCCGCACUCCGAAUCCUGGAAGACAUGAGGCGGUGCAAAUGUGACACGGUCUCAACCACUGCUACUGAAAGAAGUCUACUCACAGACUACGAUGACGCUGAUUAUACGAUGGAUCCCACUGAACAAUCAGACGUACAUUUUGAUGACGAUUAAUUAUCUAUUUUAAUUUACCAAUAUAUUUAUAUAUGAGUCUGAACAAUAAUUAUUAAAAGUAGUUUAUUAUUAUAAAACUUUCUGUUAUAUUUAUGUUAUUUAUUAGAGACGGUAAUUUUAAAAAAAUAUUUGGAAUAAAAUCGUCGAGCCGCACGUGUGUGAGCUAACAGAGUUCAAGGUUAAAACAAAUAGAAACCGUUUUAAUUUAAACAAUUCUUGAGGAAUAACGGUCACUGUCCUAAAUAAAGAACCCGUGGAUAAAUAAUAUUAGAUAAUUGUUUUACCUUGUUUAAUAUUCUAUUUAUCCCAUGCAUUGAUAUCCCAAGCGUAAAUAUUUUUUCUUACAUUAUUCGCUCAUUUGUAUCUGUAUUUGUCUUAACAUAUGGCGUCUUUACAGCAGUAUAACAAUAAGGUUUUAUUAGUGUGCGGAAAGGGAACCGUCUAGGGUGAUUCAGACUUCAGUAGUAAUGUCAAAAUCAUUGAAUUGAAUUUCUACAUAAUACUUGAUUCGCGCCAAUUCUCGUUUCUAAAUCUUACAAGGUUGCCACAGUGCCUUUUUUGUAAAGUUGGCAGCGCUGUAAUUCCAUUAUACUUCGACAGUAUCUUGACAGUUGAUAUUUAAAAAAAAAGUAAUAAUAUUUUUUUGUGAAUAUUAGGCGUUAUUUAAUAUUAUAUAAAUAAUAUUUGUCUGUAGCCUCAAAAUAGGCUUCAGUUUCGCCGAUUACCUCUUCAUCAGCGCAAUAUUUCUGUCCAGUAAGCAUUCUCUCAGAGAACAGGAAAAAGUCGCUGAGGACCAAAGCCCUCCUCCAAACGAUUCUCUUACCGUAGACUAAGAAUAUAAAUUGUGAUAAAUGUUUGAUAGCCAGCAUAGUUCUUAGCCAAAUAAUUAGUGUUCCUUCCCUA